CUCACUUGCUCUCAUAUUUCAGUUUUUUCCUCUCGUGCCUCGCGCUCGCGCCCCCCUUCGUCCCGCUGAUAAGCAGCAUAGCGGGGAGGAGUUCUCCUCUCCCGGGGCUCCUCCUUCCGCUCUCAUCGUUUUUUUUCCUCGUUUGCCCCCAACGCUCACGCGCGUCUCCACCCCCACCCCCCUCCACCUUCGUUCAGCCUGCUGGCCAAGAGGUGAAGAUGUGAAGGACGGGGACAGAGGGGCAUAGUAGAGGGGGUUUCUCUGGGUGUUUUUUUUUCGGAGCGGAAAAACGUAUCCGGAGCGCCGCGAAGGAGAGUGGGGGACUCUUCGGAGACAGAGACGGAGAAGAUUGAGAGAGGAGGCGAACGUUGGCUGUAAACACGACAGAAAACGCCGAAUAGGACGCCCCCCCCGCGCCGUACCACCUCCCGCGCGUCCCUUCUCAUCUCCAUCCUCCUCUAAUUCGCGCCGGAGUGGCCUGCUCUCUCCGCCGGUCUUGAAGUCAACGUUUCCCAUUGAAUCUUUCUCUCCGUGGCGGGAUAAACAUUGAAGGAGCCGUCGCAAUAACCGAAAGGACUCCCACACGCGCGCGCGCCCUGCUCGGGAUGUUUUAAACGGUGCUUCCGAUAAGCUGGACAGGAGCGGAAACCGAGGGCAGAGGAAGACUGCAGAAGACCCUGCCUGACAGAGGCAGGGACGCCGGCCCCGACUGUCAGCGGCUCUCCAGCAUCACCAAUGCUAAUGCACGGCUGCUGCUGCCUCUGCUGCUGCUGCAGAACUCGGAUCAGCAGGGCUCUCAUCCACCAUGAACCUCUGAAAGGCAUCUGACACGGGCACAGAUGGGUGGCAUUGAAGGUGUGAAGGGACCUGCAACAGUAGCUGAGCACCAACCGCUGUCAUGAGCUCUUUGGAAUAAUUUCAGCAGUCAUGUCUUGGCUUAAAUGUAUCAGCAAAAGCUUGCCGAUGCGAUGCUGGCGGUUACUCUGUUUGAUGAAAAUGCGGCGGCACAAAGUGUUCUUGCUGUGCACGGUGGGUCUAUGUGUCAUCUCCUUCCUUCACUACUACAAGGCCCUCCAUUACGUCUCCCUUCUGCGUGAGCUCUCUGCUCCCUACCCCAACAUCAAGUCCUUCAUCAUGGUCUCCGGCUUCUUCUGGAGGGAGAAGGGUGCAGGUGCCACCCCACUCAUUCCCGCCUCAGCUGACGAUGACCCUCGGCUGCCUGUUCGGCACAAUUCGGACACCAAACACAGGGGAGGAGCAGGUUCUCUCGGAAGCCGGAGAGAUGAAGAGUUGGACAUAAGUGAUGCCAUGAGGCCAGAAGGUCCUGGAGUAGGGGACCAUCUGGGGUUUAGGGUGCCAGACCCUCCUCAUCCUUGGGAAAAACCAGACGAAAACAAUCUUGGAGAGCUUUCAAAAGACGGGGAAGCGGAAGUCUACCAUGCCAAACAUUUUGAGCGAGAACAUCCAAAAGCACAUUUAGGAAGGGCACACAUAGCAGUGUUCCUGGACAACCAACAGUGGGGCCCCUUAAAAUCCAUGGGGGACCUUCACACUCGCACUCACAGGCUCCAGGAUGACAAAACGUCUUACUUUGUCAGCACCAAAGCUGGAGCCCUUUGCUUCAAACAGGGGACAGAGAUGGCCUCCCAGAAGGAUGAUGCCAUCAAAAUGGUUGGGGCUGAAUCGAAUAUGGCUGCUGAGGGGGCUGCUGCGCAGCGGAAACCUCUGCAGCUCAAGGAGCGGCCCUCCAUGUCUCCAAAGACUAAGAUGCGAGCUCGGAGUGGGGGGAAGCGGCUUGUCAAGUGUGUUUGUCGGCCAGGAUGGCAUGGACCUUACUGCGGGGUUCCAACUAUGGUGUACCACUCCAACCUGCCAACCAAGGAGCGACUAACUCCCAGAGAGACCCCGCGGAGGGUGAUUAAUGCUAUCAAUGUGAACCAUGAGUUUGACCUGCUGCAUGCACGCUUUCACGAGCUUCAUCAGGCUGUCGACCUGUUCCUUAUAUGUGAAUCCAACUUCACUGCCUAUGGGGAGAAACGGCCUCUUAGUUUCCUGCGCCUUCUCCUUAAUGGUACAUACAACUACAUACGUCACAAGAUCCUCUACGUGUUCCUUGACCAUUUUCCAGACGGGGGGCGGCAGGAUGGUUGGAUUGCUGAUGACUACUUGCGUACUUUUCUGACAAGAAACGGCAUGUCCAGGGUGGUAGGUUUAAGACCAGACGAUGUCUUCAUCAUCAAUGACGCAGAUGAAAUCCCAGCACACGAGGGCCUCCUCUUCCUCAAGCUGUUUGAUGGUUGGACGGAACCUUUUGCCAUCCACAUGCGCAAGUCGUUGUAUGGCUUUUUUUGGAAGCAAUUUGGGUCUUUAGAGGUGAUAUCAGGCUGCACUGUGGGAAUGCUCCGCCAAGUCUACGAAGGUGAUGGCAUCAAAUUGCGUCGACGUGAUUACUACACCAUGCCUGGUUUCAGGAAGUAUGAGAAUGACACGGGCCACAUCCUGGUUCAGUGGUCUGUUGGCAGUCCCUUCCACUAUGCUGGUUGGCAUUGCUCUUGGUGCUUCAAACCUGAAGGGAUCUAUUUUAAGCUGGUGUCAGCACAGAACGGCGACUUUCCUCGGUGGGGGGACUACGAAGACAAGCGUGACCUUGAUUACAUCCGGAAUCUAAUCAAGACAGGGGGUUGGUUUGAUGGCUCCAUGCAGGAGUACCCCCCUGCAGACUCAAAAGAGCAUAUGUAUGCACCUAAGUACAUGCUAGAGCACUAUGACCAGUACAGCUACCUCCUGAAAAACCCUUACAGUGACCCGAAAAAGUGAGACUUUCAACUUCAACAAGGGACAGUUAUGUGAAGAGACCCUGAGUGAAGGAUUGGCACUAAGCUUUGGACAACACCCAUGAGUUUGGGGUCUGAAAAAUGAUUGCUCUGGGGUCAAAAAGGGAGUACUUUUUUCCACACCAAUCAUGACUAAGAGAACAUCAAGAGGAUACAACCACUGGAUCUACAGUACAGCAUCACACCAUUAUUCUUUGUCUUGGAAGAGGCCAAAAUAGCUUUCUUACAGUAUUCUGUCCAUUUUUUUGCUUUUCAAACCGUCCAGUUGGACACACCAGUUCUCUGAGAGGAAAGGGCAGCUUACUUAAAAAAAAAAAAAGAAAAAAAAAGAGGGAAAACAGGGAUCUUAAGGAGCCAAAUUUAUUGAAAUUUGACACUCAAAGUGAAGAAUUGUUGUUUUUGUCUGCGUUUACCAAGGUUUACAGUUCAGCUCACAUUACUGCUUCAGUCUCUACCUUCAGAUGUCUUCCUGCCAUAAGUCAUGAUAUCAUUGCAGAAUCGAACUCUAACUGAUGUGAUCACAUUCUCAAGUCUGCAGGAAAAAUAGAAAUCCUCCUAAGAGCACCAAAACACGUCCACUCACAUUCAUCGCCAUGCACCUUAGACUUGCUUGUGUGUUUGUAAAAACUGUGCGUUGUCUUGUCUUUGUGUUGUAGUGUUUUGGAAAAUGAAAAUGGUGGGGAAUCGUAGAAAGGAACACGAAAAUAACAAUUUCUCCUCAAGGAUGAGACAGAAUUAUGUUUACAUUGCCCUAACAUGACACACAGCAAGAGAGCAAGAGGCAUUAUGGAAGGAGAAGUGCAGUGAUGUUAAAGAGGCAGAAUGCAUUUUACACGGAUGAGUGUGUGCAUGCAUGUUUCCUUGAGAAUAAAUGACUGCUUUGUCUAUAAUCCUUUGCCCCGUCAGUAACCAUCUGAGACAAGUUGGAUAAAACACCACCUUCCAUUUUUUAAGUCUGUCAGCUUAGUAGCUGGCAUUCCUUUUGUUUCCUUGGAAACUAAAAUAUGUAAAACACAGGUCUGGUUUUGUUAAGAUGCGUGGGUGGAUGUGUGUCAGUGAAGGAGCUGUAGUUCUGAGAUGAGGUCAGCAAUGACAAAGUUUUGCUGAUAAAACCUUUCAGUUGCGGAGCCUCUGACACUUCAGAUCUUCUCCUUUUGUCCUGCACUUGCUCUUUUCGCUUCCUUUUUCUUCUUUUUUCACAAUAGUUGCUAAAGUUAACCUUUAUUCACUGACCUCCAUGAAAUUAAACUUGUUUUUGAAACUGCACCCUCACAGUUCCACGCUUCACUAAUCUUUGCAUCCCUUCCCAGGAGUGAAUGACUUGGCAUAUGUGGUUCUUGUUUAUCCCCCAGCUGUGAACAGCUGUCCUUGUGGUAAAAAUGCAUAAAAAUCCCCACUCCACCUCAUUUGGUGGAACUUUUUGUUGUGGAUGAUUCGGCAGGCUGGCCUCUAUGGAUGUGCAAUGUGGUUUUGGGUCAUUUAAGGAUCUUUUCAAAAACAAAGAAACCAAAUAUUUGAAUUUUAAAUACUACAAGGAAUACUAUAAAUAGAACAGAGUUAAUGUUUUUUUUUCUGUUUAAAUCUAAUAUCGUUUUCUUCCCUUCUUAAUAGGGUUUACUGAUUGUGUUUUCUCAGCCCUAGGCUUGAUUCUGUUUUAAAAUGAAAGAUCCUCCAAAAUUGUAAACAGUUUUAAGCCAGAAAGGUGAUGAGUGAUUUAAGGGAUGAAGAUUUGUCUAAAAGGUCAGAGUUUGAUACUAAUACUUUAUGUUAGAAGUCAGAGGCAUGCACAGAUUGCACUAUUCCUCUGCUCAUACCACUCAGUUUGUCAAUAAGCUUGCUCUUCCCGGCUGUACGCGCUUGGCGGGAAAAUAAGAUUAGCCAGCAGGCGGCUGACAGUUGUUUGGGGUCAGUGUUGUGUUUCCUGCGGGAGCAGCUGUUUGGGGUUUGGAGUGUAGAGCCAAAAAAGUGUCUAAAUCUGAAGAAGCUGCAGAGAAACUUUAAGAAAAUAAGAGUUAUGCAAACAGUACUAAGUUUAAGCCUUAUUUAUUUUUCUUUUAAAUUCAAUUCCUUUGCAUUUUGAAAGACAUAUCAUGAUUGAGAUAAAGGUAAAACAGGUUUCAGCUAUUGAGACAGGACACACUCUAGACAAGACUGCACUUCCCCAAAUCAUAGAAAAUCAGAUUCUUUUGAGUCUCUUCUAACAAAAUAUUCAGGAUUUCUCUGCAACCACCCAAAAGAGAAACUUUCUAAAGUCAUUUAAACAAAAUACUCACCUGUCAUCUGCUCUUGCGGCUGUAAUUAAGGAUAACCUCUCUGUGUAAUCAAAUUGUUGCUGCCAAGGUUUUAUUUUCUCAACAAAGAAAGGACAGAAAAUGUGCCUUGCUGAAACGCCCUUUCAGGAAUGCAACAGAAGCGUCACAUAGCAGACUAAUGGGGUAUGUAUGUUUAAAGCCCUAUCAAGACACAAUUAACUCAGACUCACUCAACCCUCUUCUGCAGUCUGACUGCACAUCUGCUGCACACUCACAUGUCUGCAAGUCUGUAUGCUUUUGUGUGGUUUAGGGCGUAACAGUGGUGACUCAUGGUUUUUAAGAGUUUUGCUAAAAGAUGAGCUGGGGUUGCUUCACCGGGCCUAUUGUCUGUUAUCGCCAUGGUGAUGAUCCCUUGAGAAGUACCUGGCUUUGUUAAGAGCCUUAGGUCAUCCUCCAAGGCGUAGAUUGGUAGUUUGGUGGCAGGGAUCAACAGUUGGUGGAAUCCCGGAGGAACUCUUCCCUUGGGGGUAUUUUUAACACUAGAAUAAAUCCAGGUGGUUUAGUUUGAUCGACUGGGAAAUGCCCCAAAAUGUGCUUUACUUUCACUCCCUAUUCCUCUGAAAGUGGUCCAAACUGCCUACAAACAUCAAGUACUUAAAAAGAAAUUGGCUUCACUAAAUUUCAGAGGAACUUUCAUAUCUGCCAAUAGAAAGGGAAUCUAUCUGAAGUAAAGCAAAACUCUGGUUUGGACCACACAACCUGGGGUGGAAGAGCUCUUCUUUUUAGUCUCAGAACCAAUGAAGAGUCAAAACGACCAACAAACAGAAAUUUUGUGCCAAUGGUAAGACCACUGGAGUUUUGGGAAGGAUUAUUGUGUGCAUUAUUUAAUGCAUAAAAGGAGAAAAGAGUGCAAAAAAACAUUAUUAAAAUAUGAUGCAAAAUAAAAUAAAAAUCAAGCUGUUUGCACACAAAGCUAAUGCAGUCUCAGCUGUCUACAGAAAGAAAAAAGGGACAACAUUGAUGAAAACCUUCUUGCUGCACUGCAGACCUGGUCAAGUUAAGAGAGCUGGUAAAAAGGAAAUGUGUAAACUAGCAUAUUUACCGGUAGUUACGUCGCCAUAUUGCAGAGCAGCCUGAGUUGCCCCAAUUGCACUGCAAGGUUUUAAAGAGCCUCAUCUCCAAAUUUAAAGUUAAAGUUUGCCUAAGGGCACUUCAGCAAGUUGUAGCCAGCUAGAGGUAGGUCUUAAAAGCACCAAGCUAUUUGUGACAGCAUUUUAAUGUUAGGUUUUCCUGCUGCACUUACCUUUGGUCAUGAUCACAUCAACACCAGUAAGUUGAGAAACAGGGCUUACACUAAAUGUGAAUAUGUCUCUGAAAUCUCUCAAAAAUAAACUUCCAGGUGAGUGAAAUGUUCAACAUGAAGAAUACCACUGCUUAAACAUCCUUAUUAUCUAUUGCAUUUAACACUAUGCAAUGGAUGAUGCAAUUAAAAAAGAAAAGAGAGACGAAAGAAAAAUAGAAAUGUGGAUGCAACUGUGACAUUCUAGGAAAAAUCUGUGUGUCUAAACACAAACCAUUUAGAGAACAACCUGUAUUUUUCGUAUUUAAAGUCAAACAAAUGCAAAUAGAUCCUGCAUUGAAACAAAAGCAAAGAAUUCAUGUAUUCUUUUAUUCAUUCUCACCCUAUGUAUUUUUUCAUGACAAUAGGCGAUGGAGCUGCAGAUGCAGAUUCAGAAACUGAGCAUCUGCAUGGGUUAUGCUGUGAUGUAGACAUUCCCCCACAGGGAAAUGUCCACAUAGAUGCUUUAAAGCUACAGGGUAUAGAAAAGAUAAAAGCCGCAGCAGAAAGUCACAAACUCUUUAUUGCUUUGGGAUUUUACAGGUCUUUCUGAUUUUUGUGUUACAGCAUUUUUGCCAAAGAUACAAGCUUUUAAUUUGUAGCAAAAACCUGCCAGCAGUUCUGCAGUAAACUGCCACCGGCUGCUGUUGCUGAGAUGAGGGGGAAUACAUUAAGUGAGUCAGCUGCAGGUAGAAUUGGAGUAAUGCUCUGCAGCUUUAUUAAUAUCAAAAACAAGAAGUUUAUUUUUCUUUAAAUUGCAGAUUCCAUCAGGUUCCCUCUUUUGCCCACAGCUUCCUAGUAGAGCAGAAAUUGCUUAGCAUUUAUUUAAACCUUUGAAUAAAGUAUAAGUAUAGUAUUUUUGACAAAUGACCUAAAAGAAAUACAACCAUAAAUAGAUCAAACAAUGGGCUGUCUUUGACUGCUGUCUUUAUACCUCGUUCACUUAUGCUACAAGUAUGUGACCCCCCCUUCACCAGUAACCCCCCCUCAUCUGUGUUUUUGCUCUCGCACUCCCUGGCUGGCUGCUUGUCUGCAAGACUUGCAUGAUUUCACUGCUUUGGAUCCCUUCCAGCAAAUGAUCUUUUUUCUAAGAAACACAGGCCUCAUUCAGGCCAGCAAUCUAAGAGACAGACGUCCCGGUUGACUUGAAGUUGUUCCCAUGGGGAGUUGAAGAUGACUUGAGGUUUUCUGAACGCUCUUUUGAGCUCUUGAAGCUUCACAGUUUUAAGUAUUUUAAAGGAGGGUAACUGAAAGCUUCCUAUGAAGCUCAGAUAAUUUGUUUUUUCUCCCUAAAACUGUAAAUAGGAAAAUCAAUCUUCACAGUCGUUUCAGCAGGAUUUCACCUGGAACAAAAACUCACUAGAAUUAAUCAUCUUUGGUAUGUUAAUGUGCAACCUCUGGUUUUCAGGCUUCAGCUGGGUAAUUUAACAGUUUGCAAACACCAGUUGGGUUAAAGUGUAUGUGUUACCCAAUCUGAGUAAGAAAAAAAAACCCAGCAUUCUACAACACUUGGAUCAGUAGGAUUUUUAAGUGACUUACAGUGAGCUGAGUUUACAUCGCUUUACCAAAAUGUGGUUAAAUUAAUAGAAAACGUGUCUGAGUUGAUGAGUCACAUUUGUGAAUCUGUUCAAGAACAGAUUGUUGGCAUUGGGAUUGAUAUUAUCAAACAAAUUUGGUACAGGGGUCCAUAUGCUGUGAUCAGACAUAUGAAAGUCAGAGCUGCUGCACAGCCCAGACAGAUGGAUGCAGUGACACAUGCAUGCUCCAGGGGGCAGAAAAGCAGUCUGGCCAACACCUGGCUGCAAAGCAAGUGCCAUCACAAACAGGAGGGGAGUGAUGAACAUAUGGGUUUCUUUGUCACUGACUACUACCAUCUUUGGCUGGGUUUGCAACCCUGCAACAGUACAAUGCAGAAGUGUGCAUUUCUUUAAUCUGUAGGAUUUCAUUUGGCCCAGUCAGCUAAAUUUUUUACACAUUUAAACCCUCAGUGCUUCAUAACUAAACUGAAGAUGAAGCCAAUUUGAAAAGCUGAGAAGUCCAGUUGGCUUUUAUGUGUGGACCUGGGUCAGACAGGUAAAACAAACCAUGAUUACGACGCCAUGCAAGAGGAGCCGUACAAGAUCAAGCCUGGCCCGGUUCAGUAUCAGCGCCAGAACUUGUGCUGAUCCUGAAUGGCCAUUCACUCUGGAUGUGUCGUUCUCUCUGGCCUGCCAAGUGGGCGUGGAGAAAAGAUUUAGCUUGGCUGGAACAAAGAAAAGCUGAUUGUGAAAUCAUAUUCAAAGCCUUGAACAUGACAUUUCCGCCCGCUGGCUUCCUGUUAGCCUCCCAGUUGCAGACGGAGCGUCUCAGAGCAUGCAUUAACUUACAUUUGUGGACUCCAUUUAUUUCUGUUUGAUUUGUGUUACUUGUAAUCUGAAUCUCUUUGGUUUUCUGGCCUGGAUUGAAACAGACUGUAAAAUGAGGGUUUAGAAUGAGGCAGAAUGUGGGGGUGAUGAUGAAUGUUAGUACAGGAGGGUUCAAAUUCCCAGCAUUCCCUAUAAGAAUCCAAUAUUGAAAAAAAGGAUGGGACUGUUUUGAUUUAAUUUGCACUUUUGCUUUUACAUGAGGUCAGUGAAGGGGGCUUUCUUUUAUUUAAUUUUUUGUUUUUUGGUCAAGUAUGAUGAGUGUCUCUGUUUUUUUCUAUUUCACUUGGCAUUCGGUAUGCCUGGUUUUAUAGCUCCAUUCUAUUGGCAGCUUGAUUUAAAAUGUGGUGUGUGUAUGUGAAGGAAUGUGGUAGUUAAAAAGCACUGUCCCACUUUCAAAGCUGACUCCCAGUCCACCUCACAGAUCCUUUGGCUUCAAACAAGAGCGUUCUGCUUACCUUUUACUUAUGUUUUCAAUUAAUUUUGUGGCAAAUCAUUUUCUGAGCAGUGAUCAUUACUUGUAACAUUUUAGUCUAUAUAAAGAUAGACACAGAACACGACUCUUUGCUUUUCAACUGUGUUCAAAUUUCAACCAAGCCUUCUGCUGGUCAUACCAACUAUUGUAUUGCUACGUUCAUGCCAGGCAUGCGUCGCAGACCAGAAAAAAAAAAAAAUCUCAGCCAGUAGGAAGAGGUCAGGCCAAGAUGAUGCUUGAGUCCGCAUGUGUCUUUGUAUUUUUGUGUCUGACGUUGUGUACAUGUCAAAACAGUUUCUUAAAGUGGUGCUGCUUUUGUUGCUCCAAACACUGAAUCCAUGUUUUGCUUUGAGCCCACAACAACCUCAUUCAUUCACGUAUGCCUGAAUCAUGACUCAGGUGCAACGGUUUAAAAAGGUUAUUAAUGCUAAUGGUAUGCUUCAAUAAAACCAGCCAAAUUUUUUUCUUGUUAGUGAUUUUUUUUUCAUCAAAAAAAACAUGUGACAGGCCGGUUUUUGCUAUUUACUAGAUGAUUAUUUUAUCAUCCAUUCUCUGGAAGGAAUCACAAAGAGGUCCUUCACAGGUGCCCUCCUGUUCCACACUUAUGCCUUUUGCCGUCCACUCAAUUCCAUCCAGAUUGGACAAAAGGCUACAGAAAAAGCUCCCACACAUCAACAGCAACGCCUCCGUGGAUGACUGGCACCUGGCCUCCGGGGACAUGCUUAAUUGUCUGCUGUCUGCAGCAAAUUAACUAACGAGGCUGCUUGCCAAUCCUAAUCCUCUGCAGCCUGGUUUGCCAGAAAUAGCCCUCUACUUUUUUUUUUUUUUACAAAUUUUGUGUUAAAAAAGAAGAAAAUGAGAAAUGAAUUAAUCAUGGUUUACAGUCUAUGGCAGAGGGCUUGAGUGUGUUCUGUUUUGAAAACUAGGUGCUGCUUUAUUUCCCUGUUUGUGCAGAUUUCAGCCACUUUCAGGGGUAACUUACAAAGAAGCGCUCUUUACGAGAAUGUAAAAAUGUGAUGUGAAAACUGUCCAGAUGAAAAAAAAAACAACACAUUUUUUCGAUGAUGUCCAAUAAUUUAUCCUCUGCCUUGCUCUUUCCAUGUGCACUGAUGAUUGUAGAUAGAUUGUUGCAAAGUUGUAUUUUUAUUUUUUAUUUAAUUAUUAAUCCAUUGUUUUGAGGGCUUGUUAUUUUUUUUCUUACCUUUAAGGGUUCAAAGUGUGUGAAAAAAAGGGUGUGUAUUCACUGUACGUUUGGAAGAAUGAAGACAAAAAUGAUGGUGUGUUCUUCUCAUGUGUAACAUUUGGCUUCCAAACACAGCUUCUGUUUCCAGCUGGAAGCAGUGUGUUCAUCAUGUUGCUUUGCAUCUUCAUCCACUCAUUCAAAUUAAGGCAAAACAAACUGCAGCAGAAGGAAAAGAAGGAUAUUUUUCCAUCAGUGUGGAAAAUGUUGAAAUAAGAGACAAUACUUUUGAAAAAAAAAGAAGAUAUUUUUCUCUUCUUUGGGGUCACAGAGGAGAGUGUACAUUUUUAAGUUAAGUAAAAGUAAUUAAAAAAGCUCAUUUGUUCUCUAUAUGAAUGACUGUAUGUUAACCAUGAAUAAAGGUAAUGACAAAGUCAUAUAAUAAAAUGAGUUUAAAAAUGUA